CACUUUCCGGUACCAUCGAUUAAUCGAUUUGAAGCGUAUUUGAUUAUUGGGUGUGGCAACACAUGGAGAGUCGAAUUAAUAACUCUAACUUCAAAGAUAUAAUCAUUGAUAAAUCGAAAAUACUUUUAUUUCAGUUUGUAAUUUUUCCGGUGUUUUCUGCUGUUAAUUUACUUGUCGAAAACAGGGAUUUUUAAACGGCUAUGUCUGAAGGAAAUGUGAACUUCAGCUCUGUGUACCAUUCUCUGGAUGCUAUACUGAACUUCUUGAAGAAAGGGGAGUUUGAUCAUCUCCCUCAAGUUGAGCAGCUGUUGGCAAUUUUUAGUGCCAACUACAGUCACAGUAUUGUGAAGAGUAAAGCUGAACGUCUCCAUCCAUUCAUCGUCCUGGAAGGCCUAGAUGGAUCAGGUAAAACCACAAUGGCGAGAAAGUUAACAAACAAGUUGAGUGGACAGACGAUGUUGACGCCGCCUACUUGCCUGCACUUGUUGCGCAGUUAUUUUGAUGAUCAACCCGUUGGUCUCAGACGGGCGUACUACGGUCUUGGGAACUAUAUUGCUGCGAGGGAAGUCGAAAGACUGGUACAGUCUUGUCCCGUUGUAAUGGAUCGAUUCUGGCACUCGACAGCAGCGUGGGCUAUAGCCGAUGAAGUGAGGGACAAAAGCCUGUGGCUUCCACCCGCGAGUGAUCCGAUCUACAACUGGCCAGAGGACUUGACAAAGCCCAACAUCGUGCUGUUCCUCGGUCUGGACGAGACGGUCCGCACUGCCCGCCACAAGGGUCGCAACACGACGGACACCGACGAGGAGCAACAGCUAGCGAAGGACGGUCUGUUCAGAGAAACCAUCAUCGAGGCUUACAAGCGCAUAGCCGGUGUCCAUCUGGUGGAGAUUGAUGCCAGCAAUUACCCAAAUAAAGUUAUGAAGGAGAUCCAGGAAGCAAUCCAGCAUCUGCUACAGCAGCACCAAGCUACAGAUUAAUAACGCCAAAUAUUAUUUUUGCCGCAGUUAUUUAAAUGCCUUUCCGCUGCUGGAAAUUUCUCGGAACACAUUUUUAUGAGUUGAUUACUUACAAAAGCACCAUUUUUAUAUAUGUGUUGCACAAAUGCAUUUCGCUAAUUGCUUAUGUUUGCUCUUUUAUCAUGAUUAUGGGUGUCUCUUUUAUUUUCUUGUGAUUUUAAAUUUCAUUAUGAAAUGGAAUAUGACGGCUGUGAUACUGACAUGUGAUUUCAUCGGCGUAGUCCGAUGCACGUGGGCAUUUGUAAGCUCCUACAAUAAAUAGAAAAUUGGUUGAAAGUUUUAUGGCGAUGAUGUAUCACUGAACUAACAUAUAUUUUGUAUAUUUUCCACCAUCUUGUUGGUUAAAGCGCACAAUGAUUUGAAGCUGGCUGUGCGACUGUCGUCAAACAAAACCAUUAAAAAUCCUCUUUUGGGUCCACAG